AUUUUCAAGUUUGGUUUUCGGUUUCAUUAGAACGAUUUAGAGCUUCACAUUACGUAUUUAGUCAGUCUGUUGCAUCGCUAAUUGCAUGACACUUUAUAUUCUUUGCACUGGUUAUAAAUAGCCAGGCGCUUGAAGAUUCUGUAUGUAGCUUCGGUACCGACAUUUUCACUAGCUGAGUUGAAGCUGAGAAUGAGGUAAUAUUUGGGUCCUAUCUUCUUAAUUAGCUUUAAUUAUCUUAGGAGAGCAAAAAUGUCUUUAGCCUAUUUAGAAAAGCCCAAAUAUAUUGUUGAUUUAGUUAAGCCCAUAUAUAUAUUCGCGUGGGGGAUAAUAAUUAGAUAUUUAGUUUAGACUUGUGCAAGAUUGUUAACUAAUAUAAAUAUUAAUAACUUUCCUUAUUAUUCAAACCAAUUUCUUGCGCCGGUUGAUAUCAUAUUUAUUACAUUACUUGCACAAGUUAAAAUCAUAGCAUAUGCAAAUCACUUUUUGACAAUACACAUUUAAUAUCUUUCUUUAAACGAUUUCAUUCUUUAUUAGGGGUCAUUAAUAUGAUAAAUAAAUCGCCUUUAUAUAUAUAGGAGACACCCGAAUGCUUAAAAUACAAACAUUCAGCUCUUACAAGAACAAUGGCAAUGGUGCGAGCAUCCAAAAACAUUGUUUCUUAUGUUAGAGAAUUAAAACCCCGUAAAGAUACGUCGCGUAUUGAAGUUAGGAUUGUUCGCUUGUGGAGAAACUAUAACAAAGAAUCAGGAAACACCAUUGAAAUGGUUUUUGUUGAUAAAGAAGGGACAAGAAUUCAUGCUUCAGUUGGUGAACAACUCAUCAAAAAAUUCGAUGACAAGCUACGCGAGGGAGAUGCGAUUGUCGUCCAGUUGUUCAAAGUGUACGAUGCUAUUGGUGAAUACCGUACAACGCCACAUCCGUACAAAAUUGGCUUCUUUCAAACAACAUUUGUUGGUAAAGCUGAUGAUUUUCCAAGUGCAGUUCUCAAAAAGUAUUUCGCGGACUUCUCUGAUAUUCUUGGUGGAAAUCUUGAUCAUAGUUGUUUGGUUGGUGAGUUAGUUUCUUACACAGUUAAAGAGUCUUUCACUUUUGUUAUACUUGUUCCUUAUUUGACGCUUGUUUUUGUUAUGUAGAUGUGGUUGGCCAAAUAGUUAACUUCGGGUCUCUGGAAAACAAAAUAAUAAAAGGAAAAGAUAACAUGAGGCUCUUGAUUGAGUUGCGUGACCCAAAGUAAGACUAAGUUUUUAAUCGUAAUAAUAAUUUUGCUAGCUAAACAUCUAUAAUCUGUAUUUAACUUAAGUUUAUAUUAUACAGUAAUGUGAAGAUGAUGUGUACUCUGUGGGGUUGUUAUGCUAAACAAGUAUACAAUUACAGUAGGAGUAACAUGUCCACCAUGAUUAUUUGUGUUAUCAGAUUCUCUUCUGUUAAAGAGUGGAAAGGUAUAUAAUAUUGUUUCAAUUUGUGGAAAACUAUUACUCGCAUAACAUAUUAAUAAGAUCAAAAUACUUUGUAGGUGCUUACUCCAUAUCUAGCGGGUAUAAUUCAAUCCAUAUUUUGCUCAACCCAACACUUGAAUUUAUUUAGGAGUUCAAAGCAAGGUACGUCUCCUGCGUCUUACGUUCCAGACCUAUUGAGGACUUCAAUACAUCUAGAUUUUUAUUUUAAUUUUUGAAUGUCAUUUUUAACUGAAACAUUUUUAAAUUAUGUGUGAUUAUUUGAUUUGGCAGUCUCCCUGAUGAUUCACUUGCUCUUACAAAGAACGAUAGUAGCCAAUGGUCUGUUGGUACUGCUACAUCUAUUUGUGCCAGGUUUUUUGUUCUUAAUGAGAGGCUAACCAUAAGAGAGAUCAUUGAUAGUACUCUGGUAUAUGGACUACACCCUUCACUUUUUUAAUUUUUUAUACAUGAGUAUACUCCAUGUGUUAUCAAUGCUUUUAACAUAUUGUCAUUGACGAAUAGGUUGGCACUUUUGUCACUCUGGAGUCUAUUGAAACAAUUGAUACUGAACGUGGCUGGCAAUGUUUAAGUUGCAAAUACCACAACAAAAAAGUGAUGCCUACAACCAAUGUUGAUGACAAUGAUUGAUGACAAUGACCGGCCCUUGUUCUUCUGCAAUACAUGUGAUAAAGAACACAGUGAUGUCAUUUCCAGGUAUUGUGCGGGUUAGAUAUACACACAUUUUAGUUAGGUAGUUCGUCAUGGAAAUAUUCUGUGAUGUUUAUUUAUUUUUGUUUUCAGGUUCAAAUUAAUUGCUCAUGUUAAGGACGACAGCGGUGAGGCUAAUUUUCUUUUGUUUGAUGCUAAUACUCAACAAAUUGUGCGUCAUUCUGCCGCUGAACUCUAUGACGAGGUACUUUUAGUAAUUCCUAUUUACAUUAAUUAACACCAUAAAUUCUUUUAUUGCGUUAUCUCUAUGUAAUUGUAGAAUGAAGAUGAAGACU